UGUAUAGAAUCGAUAAAUAGAGGAGUAUGUUUGUUUUCCGUAGAUUUGCUUGGCAUACACUGGAUUUUUAAAAUUUUUCAGGUGAAAUCAAAUACAUGAUAUUUUUGAAUGGGUAAAGAAUCUUCCGCAUUUCUUUUGCCUCGUUUCUUGACUAUUUAAUAUAAUUAAAUGUUUGAUCUUUCCGGCGAAAUUCCCCUCCCGCGCCAUUUUCUAUUGCCCAUAGCAACGGAGAAGGAGAACGCCAUGAAUUCGCAGCUCGACUUCAACUGGGCUAAGGUUUCAGCUUUUUAUCGGCCAUGGCCUCAACUGAGUCAAAGUGCAAAUCCUAUCUUGAUCUAUUCUUAUCUCACUUAGUGUUAUGAAAAUGUAUCUCAAUCAAUGGAAGCAAACUGACUGAAACCAUCCACUCUCCCCAUCAGGCUGAUUGAAAUACUUCAAUCCACUACUUAUACAACGGAAAAUAUAGCAUGGCUUUGAUUUUCCUACCAUCUCUAGAACAUAUAACAGCUGUUAAAGUAGCAUUAACUGUCUAUAAUGACGACAUCGUUCACUUUCUUGGUGAAUUCAUUGAGACCUUUAAAUAUGAUCCCGACAAUUCAUUCAGGUUAAGCAAAAGACAAGAAGAAAGAAUUAGAGAAAGAAAAAAAGAAAUUAGAAUGAAAUUAUUCACACAGCUUCCAGAAUCACUCGUAGACCGAGUCGUGCAUAUCCUUCAGCCAAUAGUCUCCGAAGUUUAUUUUUGGGUUAGAGACCAUUAUGAUAUCAUUAAACACAUUCAGAAAAGUCACAUCACGAAUAAUUUAUAUUGGAGAUUGGAAGGAACAAUUGAUAGAACAAAAACUUCGAAGCAACUCAUUCAAAACGAAAACAUUAAUGGGGAAAUGCGUUAUGCUUUUGCCUUUGCGUACUUUUAUAAUCAAGAUGUUUAUUCGCAAUUGUGUCAAAGUUUGACAGAUGAAGAAAGAGAAAGCAUUUAUCGCAACGUCUCAGAUCUUGAUGUCGGAUUUUGGAUGCAAUGGCUCAGAGAAAAGGUACCUUCCCCUGAGACUUGUGAUCCAGAAAACUUCGAAUUUGAUCACUGGGAAGAAAUAAAUUCUUUAUUGAACGAUAGAAGUAGACGCAUAAGAAUGAGCUCAUUUUACAGUGAGUUGGACCUAUUUAAUAAAAGAAGGUUCCUACAUACUGUGUGGCCUCAUCUCUCCUAUGUUGAUGAUUUGCGUGUAUGUUACUAUUUAUCUGAUGAGACUGAACGUGACAAGAUCUUUCACAAUCCACCCUCAUCCUAUGAAUCAAAAACAAAAGAUCUGCUCUGUUCUUACAUUGAUUGGCCUUUGCAAACCAUUUUCCUAGAUGUGGUAAACCAGAUGUGGGACCGUUUAACUCCUGAAUGUUUUGAACAUUUCUUGUGUUACAUAGUGCAUCAAAAACUUUCGAAGUCAAUGGAAGAUUUCGAUUACUUGGGACUUUUUAAGGAUUUGUGGAAUCGGAUUCCCGAUUAUUAUAAAGAGCAAUUUGACAGGAAAACUUUGGAUUUUGCUCGUGUAUUGCUAAGUUAUGACAGAAAAGCGAGCACUUUAUCGAUUGCAGAAACACUUGAAAAAUUUAGAAAUUUGACUAUCACUUGAAAAAUGUAGAAAUUUGAUCAUAGCAGACUUUGACAUUUUACAUUAAUUUUACCUAUUGAAACCAUAUUUCUUAUUACAAAAUAUCUAUAAACUAUUAUGUAACAUAUACAUACAUAUAUGCAUACAUACACCAUACCUAUACAUAUAUAUAUAGUCAAUUAAUUUUUC